AUGGUACUUUCUGGCGAAAUGGACAAGGAAGGAGGAACGGUCUCCAAACCACCUUUACUAACAGGUCCUGAGAACUAUGACUACUGGAAAGCUCGUAUGAUGGUUUUCUUGAAAUCCAUCGACAGUAGAACAUGGAAAGCUGUUGUGCAUGGCUGGGAGAUUCCUUAUGUUGUUGACAAGGAUGGGAAGACGACAAACGUAGUUAAGUCAAUCAAGGACUACUAUAAGGAAGAAGAUGAAUUAGCCCUUGGCAACUCAAAAGCGCUGAAUGCCAUCUUCAAUGGGGUAGACAUCAACAUGUUCAGACUUGUUAAAAGGUCUCUUGUAGCUAAAGAUGCGUGGGAAAUAUUGAGAAAAGCUCACGAAGGAACAAGCAAGGUAAAACUCUCUAAGCUCCAGAUGCUUAGUACAAAUUUUGAAAAUCUAUGCAUGAAGGAAGAAGAAACUGUUCAUGACUUUCAUAUGAAUGUGCUCGAAUUUGCAAACAAUUUUGAUGCGUUAGGAGAAAACAUAUCUGAAGAGAAACUUGCGAGCAAAAUUCUCAGAUCUCUACCUAAGAGAUUUGACAUGAAGGUGACUGCCAUAGAGGAAGCUCAAGAUUUGGCAUCCAUACAAGUAGAUGAACUAAUAGGUUCCCUUCAAACCUAUGAGCUGAGCAUAAACCAAAGAAAGGACAAGAAGAACAAGAGUUUGGCCUUUACUCCAAACGCUAGAGAUGAACAAGAAACAGGAGAUCAAGAGAGCGAUGAAAGUCUUUCGGAAGCCAUGGUGUUACUAGGAAAGCAGUUCAACAAAUUAAUGAAGAGAAUGGAUAAACAGACCAGACCCAAUGUUCCCAGCAUCCGGUUCGACACCAACAAGCAACCAAAUAAUCUGAGGAGACCCCGAAGUGAUGAGAAGCCUAAUCAACCAAGAGGAGUCCUAUGUCAUGAGUGCGAGGGACAUGGACACAUCAGGGCUGAAUGUCCUACCUUCCUAAAAGGACAGAAGAAGAGUCUGGCAGUAACUUGGUCAGAUGAUGAUGACUCAGAAGAAGAAGGUGAAAGUGAAUCUGCUAAACUUGUCUAUGCACUGACAGGUAGAUGUGAGUCUGAUGCUGAAACAUGCGAUGGCACAUCGUAUGAAGAACUGAUGGAUACCUACAAAGAACUUCUCACCAGUAACUAUGAAGUCUGCAAAGCUCUAGAAAGGCUAAAGAAGACCAACUUCCAGUUACAAGCUGAGAAAAGUGACUGUUUAACAAAGAUUGAUGUCCUCAACAAAGUAGUUGAAAAACUGAGUAGUGAGCUUGAACAUGCUAGGAAACAAGUCGAAGUCUACAGCAUAGGUGAUGAAAAGUAUCGAGCAAUGUUGAUGAAUCAAAGUGCUGGAAAGAAACCGAUUGGUUUUGACUAUGAAAUUAUCAAUCAGCAGACUGGUUACAACAAAGCUACAAUCAAUACACCAAUUGACAAGACUUUCCCUGUCAGUAGUGUGCAGCCAUCUACAAACUUGGAAAAAGGAGUGCUGUUACCACCACUUACUGCAACAAAUCAGAAAACUUACUCAUGGUUGAAGGCAAAACCCAAGUAUCCUGUGAAUCCUGAACCAGUGUUCCAACAUCCGUCUGCACAUCGCAAGAACUGGCCAAAACCCAGAUAUAGAAGACACAAUUGGAGAUGUCACCACUGUGGGAGAAAAGGGCAUAUUAGGCCAUAUUGCUACAGGCUGUAUGGAUAUCCCAAAAGAACACCAAAUCUUGUACCUGAGGCUGACAAGGUAGAAACCAAAAGGGAAUGGAAAGAAAAAGAAAAAGAUGUAAGCUUAAUUGCUCAUACUUCACUACGAGCUUCAUCUAGACAAGACUGGUAUUUUGAUAGUGGAUGUUCAAGACACAUGACAGGUGUGGAAGGAUAUCUAGUCAACUUGAAGUCAUAUGCCACUAGUUAUGUAACUUUUGGUGAUGGAGCUAAGGGAGAAAUAAAAGGAAUUGGGAAUUUGAUCAAUGCUGGAGUACCAAAUCUUGACAACGUUCUACUGGUAAAAGGUCUAACUGCAAAUUUAAUCAGCAUAAGUCAGCUGUGUGACCAAGGCAUGAAGGUAAACUUUACCCAAUCAGAAUGCCUUGUUACGAAUGAAGAAGGAACACUGAUGAUGAGAGGUGUUAGGUCAAGAGACAACUGCUACUUGUGGGUAUCUGAGGAAGAGAAUCACUUGUCCACUUGCUACUUGAGCAAAGAGGAUGAAGUGAAGCUGUGGCAUCAAAAACUUGGUCACUUGCAUCUGAGAGAAAUGAAGAAUGCUAUAGUUGAAGAAGCAAUCAGAGGGCUUCCAAAGCUCAAGAUUGAGGAAGGAAAUAUAUGUGGUGAAUGUCGAAUUGGGAAGCAAACACGGAUGUCUCAUCCAAAGCUUCAACAUCCGGUUACCUCCAGAACACUUGAGCUAUUACACAUUGAUCUGAUUGGUCCCAUGCAGACAGAAAGUCUUGGUGGUAAAAGGUAUGUUUUUGUCAUGGUAGAUGAUUUCUCUAGAUUUACUUGGAUAGAUUUCCUCAGAGAAAAAUCAGACAGUUUUGAAAUCUUUAAAAACUUGUGCUUACAACUUCAAAGGGAAAAAGAAACGGUUAUUAUGAGAGUUAGAAGUGAUCAUGGAAAGAAAUUUAAGAAUGAAAGAUUCUUUGAUUUUUGUGCUUCAGAAGAGGCCUUGAGUACAACAUGUUACAUACACAAUCGUGUCACACUUAGAGUUGGUACCUCCACAACUUUAUAUGAGCUCUGGAACGGAAGAAAACCCACUGUCAAACACUUUCAUGUCUUUGGAAGCAAGUGCUAUAUUUUAGCUGAUAGAGAACAGAGAAGAAAAUUAAAUCCCAAAAGUGAAGAAGGUAUUUUUCUGGGAUACUCCACAAAUAGCAAAGCUUAUAGAGUUUAUAACUCUAGAACUAAGAUUAUCAUGGAGUCAGUCAAUGUGGUAGUUGAUGAUUCACCAUCAACCAAAACGGCAGAUGUGGAAGAAGAUGUUGAACCAUCCAUUCAACAGUCAGAUGAUACUGUGUGUGAAGAGGAUUCAGGUUCAAAAAUUGAAUCUACUGAUCCAAAAUCAGUACCUGCUCCUGUAAAAGUUCCAUCCACCAGGACACAGAAAAAUCAUCCCAAAGAGCUUAUCAUAGGAAAUCCUGAUCAAGGAAUCACAACUAGAAGAAAUAAUGAUGUUAUCUCAAGCUCAUGCUUUGUAUCAAAGUAUGAACCCAAAUAUAUUGUGAAGCUGGAACAUGUGGCUACUGAGGAACAUGUGGGUGACAUAUUUACUAAAGCAUUGGAUGUUGUUCAGAUUGAAAGGAUAAGGGGGCAAUCACAUCAAAGUUGCCAUAACCAUGUCAUAACAUGCAAUCAACUCUCUUUCAUCUACAUUCACUAUUCCACUGAUCUUGCUCUGACUGGUAAUAUUGUUGAUGCUACUGUACAACCGUUUGUAGUUGUGAAUGAUCAUGUGGCUCCAUCUAAUAAGUCCACCUCUGAUUUUGUUGUUACACUUGUUACUUUUUCUAUCAAGGAGAAAACUACUACCCUUGAUGUUGCACAGGAUGUUGGAACAUCCUAUGUCCAGCCUAAUCCAAAUGCUGCCACUAUCACUGAGUCCUUUGGUGAUAGCUCUGAUUCUGAGGCUGCUACUGAAGCUGAAUUGCAGGACAAAGAAAACAAUGAUAUUCCUGCUAAUGUUGUUGAAGACUCUAAAACAGAGGAAAGUAGAGAGAAAGUUGUCUCUCUUUGUGAUAAAUAUACUGAGUCUGAAAAGAGAGUAGAUGAAGAACAAGAGAUGAUUGAUCUUGAUGAGGUUGACUCCUUGGAUGAACCUCAACCAAAGAUUGUUAAUGGGAAUUUGGAACAAUGUUUUCCUAGUCAUAUCUAUUCUAUGAGUAUUGACUAUGUGUUUGAUGUGAUGGAGAAGCUGCAGUUUGAGCGUAUGAUUCAUGCUCUGAAGCUUGAAGAAGCUGCAUUAGAAGCAACUGAUGCACGUGUUGAUGAGAUAUGUAUCCCAUGGGGUUAUCUUCGAUUGUAG